GCCUAUGGGGCUCCUGCUGAAGCAAGGGUCCCCCACGGGAGCCAGAGGAGGAUGGCCUGGUUUUGACCACCUGGAGGGCACCUACCCCCUCCAGGUCUGCGGCUCCCAGCUGGCGCCGCCCACCUGCACAGGGCCCGCAGCCAGCUUUCCUCUUCAGUGGAGCCAGUUGCAGGGCACAAAGUCACCAAGUUGGCUCUUCAGUUACAGGUGUGAAUGGGACAACUGAACUGGGGUCUCCAGGACACCCACAGAGUCACGAUUCACCAGAACCCACAGAACUCUUGGAAGCUGUUCUACUCAGGGUUGUAGCUCACUACAGUGGUACAGGGAGCAUCAGCAAAUGACAAAGGUACAGGGGAUAGGUCCAGGAGAGCCAGGUGGAAGCUUCUAGCUUCCCCUUCACCAUGGAGUCAGAUGGGUGGAGAUCAGUUCUCCCAGCAAUGACGUGUGUUGACACUCGUGAAGUAUGGCCAGCCAGGGAAGCUCACAUGAGCCCAGGGGCCUGGGGGUGCUAUUAUGGGGCUUCCAUCAUGCAGGCACUGACAGCCCACAUGGCUAACCUUAGUUCACAGACAUGAGCCCCUCCAGAGGCCCUGAGGAUGUGGGUGGCCCCAGGUGGUAUUCCCGCUAACUCUCUAGAGGCGCACACAGCUCCAGGUCUACAGAGACACAGUUUUCAAGCAAGACAUUCCAAAGGCUCAGGGGUGAUUCCCUAGGAGCUGGUCAAGAGCCAGCCCCUUCUUCAGACCGCGCAGCGUGGGAACGUGCUAGGCCUGUUCAGCGAGCCUGUUAUGAACCCACAGCAACCAAGACAAAGCAACGCUUGAGGAAAGUCUGUACAUGCACCAGAACCAUCUAUUCGAAUAAAAUGAGCUGUCUUCAAAGAAAACCAAGACAUUCCAUUGAAUAGCUGACGACUUGGAAAAUCCCAGCUGAAAUCAAGAGAUCUGGCAAGUGGAAAAAGCAGUAACACCAGAGUAUCUGCUGAAGGUGAUUUUGGCCUAACUCAAGGAUGUGAGGCUGCUCCGAGAUCCACACACCCUCCAGGGGAGUGAGUGCUCUGGAGGGGAGGCUGCCCCUGGGCUAGGUUGACGGGGCACCAGAAAGGAUGGGUACUUCUUGAGAAACGGAGAAAGCGGGAAUCAGGGAAGAUCUCCCGCACCCCUCCGUCCCCCUGUGCCCAGGGCUGGGCAGCUCUGCUUUCUGGGCCACAGGUUUUCCAGACGCAAGGCCAGGCCAGGCCAGGCCGUCCAGGUGCUUGCUAUUUGUGGUCAGGCAAAGACACCAGGGUGUCUGCUCCACCUCCUUGAAUAAUGGGUCCCCUCUCACUUCCUGGGCAUCCUGGCCCCAUCUUAGGACCUUCAGAGCCCCGGGGCGGAAAUGAACUGCUUAGGCAGCAGAGUAGAGUGUGUCCUAGGUGCCAGUUCCAGCCCCUCUGCCCCCGGGCCCCCCCGCACUGUGGCACAAAGUAGAAUUUCUGGCUUCGUCACCUGUUGGGCCUUGGGCAAGUGGUUCAACCACAGGAGUCUGGCUUCCUGUGCUGUAAGAUGGGGGUCGUACUAGCUCCUGGGGAAUCAGUUGGGAGGUACACGGCCUGGCUGAUGUGGGGCCGCUACAUGUGGCCGUCAGUGGUGUGGGAGGCUGGUGCUAGGAGGCCAGGGCCAGGGAGGGAGGGUCCCCAGGGUCUUGCCUAAGAUGUGGAGGAGACCCAGGAUCCUGUGCCCAGGAGGAGUGGGAGCCAGGCGAGGCGUGGAGGCGUCAGCCCCGCCCUGAGGCAAGCCCCGCUCCUGGGCUGGACUGCAAUCAUCCCCUGCUCCUCAGUCUGAGGACUCUGGCCCCGGAAGUGGUGGCGGGAGCACACCAUGGAGCUGGCCCUCACUGCCGUCCUGCUCUCCCUCCUCCCCGUGGCCCUCCAGGAGAGCACCCCCGCUCUCCCAUCCGGCAGCUCCCUGAUGAAUGAGAUAGACCUGGAUGCAGUGUGUGGACGCCCACGUAUGACAGGCCGCAUCGUGUCAGGGCAGGAUGCCCAGCUGGGCCAGUGGCCAUGGCAGGUCAGCCUGAGGGAGAAUGGAGAGCAUGUGUGUGGGGGCUCCCUGAUUGCUGAGGACUGGGUGCUGACUGCGGCCCACUGCUUCCACCAGAACCAGCCCCUGUCUUCCUACGUCGUGCUGCUGGGCUCCAUCUCCUCCUACCCUCAGGCCGAUGAGCCCCAGGAGUUCCAAGCCGUGGCCCAGUUCAUCAUCUACCCAGAUUAUUCGGAGAAGCUCGGCACUGGGGACAUCGCCCUAGUGCAGCUGGCCUCACCGGUCAACUUCACUGACCUCAUCCUUCCUGUCUGCCUCCCCAAACCCGGAGACCCCCUGGGUAAUGGCACCUGGUGCUGGGUCACCGGCUGGGGAAACAUCGCCGCGAAUCAGCCACUCCCUCCACCCUUCACCCUGAAGGAGGUGAACGUACCCCUCAUUGACACCCAGACCUGUGAUGCCUACUACCAGGAGAACUCUAACAACCCCAGCCAGGAGCCCAUCAUCUUCGAGGACAUGCUCUGUGCCGGCUUCGAGAGUGGCCAGAAAGACGCCUGCGGGGGCGACUCUGGAGGCCCCCUGGUCUGCGACGUUGGAGUCUGGACCCAGGCAGGCAUAGUGAGCUGGGGAUAUGACUGCGGCCUCCCUAAAAGGCCAGGAGUGUACAUCAACGUCAGCGUCUACACCACGUGGAUUACCAGCCAGAUCCAGAGCUCAGCCCAAGGCGUCAGAGCCUUCUUCCCCGCCAGGCUGUUGGUUCUGAUCCCGCUGGGGGCUGCCCUGGCCGCCGUGGGGCUUGCCUAACCGGGCAGCGGGCCCUGCGGCCUCAGCCUCUGCGUUGUAGACCCUCCGCUGCUGGCCUGCGUCCUGCAAGAAACCCCUCCCCAGACCCUCCGUGGCUGGCUGCCUUCCGCCAGCCUCCCCGGCCCCUGCCUGCCCCCCAUCCCCCCACUUCAGACCCCACGACCUGGGACCCAUAGGCCUCAAGGUGCCCUCAGCCUCCCUGCCAACUUGGGAACCCCUGGGGACAGAGCCUGGUUGUCCUGCCCCUCACUCACCAUCCAAGUCCGAUUCCCAGGUGCACCUGCACUCGGGGACUCCUCUGGGGGCUUGGGGGACCCUUGGAACUGGGCUUUCAAGUCCCCAGUGCUGGGCUGGUGCCUUUGCGGGCCUGUCUACCUGAGAGGCAAUAAACGCAAGCUGGCGGGCA